UUAACGGGUGACUCCGAGCACCCCUAUUUUCUGAAGCAAUUUUUUGUUUAUUAAUGCUAAUAAGGCAUGUAGCUUUUGUCUCUCUUUCUCCGAUUCCUUACAAAACACAAAUCGAAGCAAAGACAAGAAAAGAGUGGUCGGUUGUUCUGAGUUUCCAGUAGACCGGAGCUGAUCACCGGAAGUCACUCUCCGACCAAACAUGUCCUCCGAGAAUGUUCAUCCUCUCAUCGCUGCUCAGCUCAAUUAUCUCGUUUCUCAUUUUCCUCUUUCCAUUAAGAUUGAGCAGAUGUGGUCUGGUAGCAAAUACUACCCUGGAACUCUUGAUCGGUUCACUCUAGCUAUACCCUAUUGUCUAGACUUUCUCAAAUGGGAUAUUGUAUUUGAUGCGGAGUCUCCGUUUUCUGCUCCGGAUGUAAUAUUUGGAGCUGAAGACGAAACCUUUAAUCCAUUUCUUCUGAUGGGUGGUGAUGGAGAAGGUUACUUAAAGUCUCCGAAGAACUGUUUUAGUGAUUGGAAUGGCAAAGACCCUACUCAGCUUAUGUUUCUUGUUCAACAACUCAGGGAUCAAUACAAGUCCUACCAGAACAGGCUUGUUGGGGAGGUUGAUGAUGAUAGGUUGAAAUUUGAAGUUGGUACAAUGUUACCUAGAGAGGGGAUUGAAAUGCAUACGGUAUCUGGGGUUGAAAAGCCAGAAGAAGUCAAAUUUGCAAUACCUUUAAUGGACAUGGACAUAAAUAAAAUGGUUAUUGGAUGCCCUUGGAGACUUCCACAGAAGAUAUACUUACAGGUCAUAUAUCCUGUUGGGAAAAAAAAUGUUUCUACUCCUUCAGCUCCUCGGGUGAAAUUAUUUUCCACCUCCGAGUUGAAGGCACUGUUUCUCAUUGAAGAUGUUAAGCUUCCUGUGUGGGUGGAUGGAAUGUGCAUGGCUGAAUAUCUUCCCCAUCUGGAAGAAUCUCUGGCAAAACAGGUCUCGGAGGCUGUUAACUUAAUUGAUGUUAGAAGACAAUUUAUUGAGGCAUUAGCCCUUGUGUUUGGCAGACCUUUAGAAGCUGAUCCAGUUUUUUGUAGAAGGGCAACAUUCCUUGCUUGCUCUGGAGUAUUUACAUUCAUGGUUCACUUCCAUAUUUCAACUCAGUUUCCAAGGCAACAUCCAAUUCUGAUACUUCAAAGUUCCCAGCAUUUUAACUCCCAAGGAGCACCAAUUAAGUCUCAUCAGCUAGUGGAUUAUCCUUGGAGUCCAAGAUGGGAACCAUCACUAAUGGCGGGGCGGAUUUUUGAAUAUUUGGUGGACGAGGCUUUGAACUUCAAGAGACACUGCAAUGAGGCUCAACUCCAGCACUAAUGUAAUUGGUGGGUGUUACUGUGUUGUCUUGGCAACCCAGUUGUGUAAAGAAGUUAUGAACCGUGGAAAACUCUUGUUUGCUGUUGUUGAAUAUGAUUAUGGUCCAAAAGAGUAGUCAGUCACUUGUGUAUUUUGUACGGUUUUUUUUAUAUGUUAAUAUUAUUAGCCUAGUAGGAAGGUUAGCAAUGGCAAGAGAAAGUUGGCCUCAUCUGAACUGAGAUACUAACUUUAAAAUACUUUGAAGUAAAAAUGUUAACCUAAGUUAAGUUUGUUGUUAUUCUA